AUGCUAAUGCGUGUCAAGGAUCCGGAAAAUGAGCUACCCCUAGUAGGCGCUGUCUGGGAUCAAAAAAAAAAAAAACAGCGGGUGGAAUGGCAACAGGAUUGGAAUGCGCAGCUGCCGUCGGGAGCAAUGGGAAUGCAUAAAGGAUGGGUAGGCUUUGGUACUGGACAAGAUGGUGGAAAAUACGUGGAAAACGGAUGGCAAAAUUCAUGGAACUCUGGGACCAGUGGUGGCGAUUAUGGACGGAGUGUAAAACAGUCGUGGAGUGACCAGCCAAGCGGAACAGCAAUGGACAAAUGGUCCUGGGGGAACGGAGGUGCACAAGGUUGGGGAUCCUGGGGAAGCGACUAUGGAAGAAACGGUGGGUUUAGCACUAACAGUGAUGGCGAUGAUGCUUGGAAAAAGUGGGGCUCAAAUUCUGGUUCGGGAGCUCACAACAAAAAGCACGGUUACGUCUCCUGGGGCAAUGUGAUGACCAGGGACAACAGGGCAGGAAUGGUUAUGAAAAGGGCGGAUGGAAAAGUUGGAAGAGCGGUUCAGGUGGUGGCAACUGGGAUAGCUGGAAAUCAAGCAAGCCAUUCUCGGCUCAAGCAGAAGCCCGUGCGUCCAUAUCAUCUGAUCCUUAACGCUUAUCCAAAGCAUAAAAUAUAG